AUGGUACCCAAAGCAUCAGGGGAGGCAUCCUACGGGGUUGAGGUUGACUUUAUACCCUGGGGCACGAGUCAGCGUGAGAUCAACCCGGAUGGCACAAUUAAAUAUACUUGCACCAACGAUGCUGACUGCCUGGGCACUAGGUUACACGCCUGCAUUGCCCGUAACCACGUGUCGCUGUACCAGAAUCACCACGAGUUUUUCAUGGUGGUGUGCACCGGUAGCCAGGCCGAUUGGACAACCAAUCCCCUGGGAAAAGUGAUCUCGUGCUCAAACACCAUACCCGACGCACCCGACUAUCCCGACGAGGGCGUGGGUCUGGACAUAUGCGGCCGAAAGGACAACUCCGAUGGUAACGCCUACUUGGAGGAGGUUAUAGCCGCUACUGACACCCUGUACCCGGAAUUUUCUGCCGCAAGCGACCCUCUCGUAAUAAUCAAUGGCCGCGUAAACACCAACGCAAAUGCCCAGUUAAAAACGGAAGUGUGCAAGGCUUAUCCCGCAGAUCAACGAGAUGGUACCCCCUGUGAGGGAAUAACAGGCACACCUGAUACUAGUGAUCCCACCCCGGUCCUAAGUGACACGGUUAAGGUGCAGGUGUACUACUCGCCAUUAAGUCAAAAAUCAGUCGACUUUAUUAAAUUGAACACGAGAGAUAAUAAUAAGGGCAUUUACGACUUAUUGACCCCUGGUACACAUGGAAAUGCUAAAUACAAUAUCGAGUUUGAUUAUAUUCCGUGGGGUAGAGCGACUAGAAUUCCCGAUGCACAGGGUAAAAAUGUCUAUACCUGUCCGGAAGGAGACACCGAUUGUCUGGGUACCAGAUUGCAUGCGUGUAUAGCGCGUAACCACGUGACCCAGUACGAAAAUCACCACGAAUUCUUCAUGGUCCUUUGCACGGCUAUGGGCGAUAACUGGAAAACAAACCCCUUGGGGGACGUCAUAACCUGCGCCCGGAAUGUGAACGACUUGCUGGAUGACGGCCCUAGCCUUGAAAUGUGCGCCAAAAACACCAAUGACAAUAGGUACCUCGAUCAAACACUGGCCGCCACGGAUAUUGUGUACCCGGCAAUUACCGACACUAGCGACCCAUUGGUUAUCAUUAACGGUGUGCGCAAUGACAAAGCCCUGACAGACUUACGCACCGAAGUGUGCAACGCCUACACUGGUGCUAGUAGACCAGCUGUAUGCGAUAAACCGUUAGUUAGGGUGCAGGUGUUUUACUCGCCAUUUAACGACAAAGCAAUCACCUUUAUCAAACAAAAUGUUCAAGGUGGUGCGACUGGAUUAUGGGACCUAAUGCUACCCCAGGCGGGUACCGUAAAGAAUUUGAUCGAGGUCGAUUUUGUGCCCUGGGGUCAGGCUAAACGUGAGCUGGUAGAAGGAAAGCAAGUGUAUACCUGUGCCAAUGCUGAUACCGAUUGUUUGGGCACCCGGGUGCACGCCUGCAUUGCCCGUAACCACGUGUCGCUGUACCAGAAUCACCACGAGUUUUUCAUGGUGGUGUGCACCGGUAGCAAUGACAAUUGGAAAACCAAUCCCCUGGGAAACGUGAUCUCGUGCUCAAACACCAUACCC